AUGGCCUACCACAUCCAAACAUCCUCCGACUCUCCUUCUGACUCUGACUGCAAUACCGACACCCAGUCUGGAUCCGACUGGGUUUCGUGCGGCAGUAGCUCGACAGACGAAGACAGCCUCAAACCCAAGUCCAGCACUGCAUUGUGGUCGACGCCCACAAAGAACUCGCGGCUGACGUCAUCCGCGAUCCUCUCCCUGCGGCGUUUCAAACCCAAGAAGACCAAGGACCUCGAAUCUAGGCCUAUUUGCGCGCCUGCGGCACCUGAAACGGCGCCUAACGGUCUGGCCUUUAGCGGCCGCAGGCCCUUGCCGGUGCCAGAGCCGCCAAACACUUUGGGCCGGGCCAGCCAAUUGAGCAUCAGGUCUGGAACUCACGCUUCCACUUCCCAUUUUCGCGGCCAUUCCCAGCGACGCGAAUCCUCAUCGCCAUGGACACCGAUCACAGCACGCGACGCUCACCAUGGCGAUGACCAACAGAUCUCCACGGCCUUCCUCCUGCCGCCUCUCCCACUGCUAACGUCAUCGCCCUGCCCUCACUCGCCCGCACAUGUCUCGUCCGACCUCACCACGAUGGACCCCAACAACCCUGCUCAGAGUCCCAACUUGGCCGACUUGCUCAGCAGCUUGUCAAGCCCUGAAGAUGCCAGUCGCAAGAUGGCAGCUUUCAAGCUGCAGUCGCUGAUCAAUGAUCCUUCCUUCGCGGAACAUUUCGUGCUUGCGGGUGGAUUGCCGCGACUGCGCACCCUUGUCCUCGAAAGCAGCGGAAACACGUUAGCCUACAGUCUCGCAAGCUUUGCGAGGCUAUUGGAGGUCGACCAAGGAUGGGAAGCUGUCAACAACAAAGUCGUCGAGAAGGUCGUGGAACUGGUAGUCUGUCAACCUCUGGUCAACAUCCUCCGAGGCGCAAUGGCUAUUCUCGUGUCCAUCGUCUCUCGACCCUACUACGCCGACAGAUCCUCACAAAUCGGUUCCAACCACAAUGCCGGAGGUUUUCAAGCGCUCAAACCUGCCAUCGCACUCUAUCCUCAAUUCCUAGAAAUGUUGGUGACGAGGCUGUCCUCUGCGGAUCACGCUCUAUGCGCCAAUGCACUCCAGCUGAUCAAUUCACUCAUGCGUGACGCCAUCACCAACGACAACGAGACCGAGUGGCCCAAGUUCAUCAAACGAAUCCAAGAUCUGGGAGUCAUCAAGGCAGUUUAUGUGCUGAUGCAGAGCUCGGCCCUACAAGAUCUGGCGCAUCCGCUACUAGAGUUUCAGGCGCUGACAAAGAUAUUACUGAGACGAUGGAGAGACGUACCCGUUGAUUUGGUGAAGCCGGAACACCGACGGACGAUCAAGGCCGUCCAUCUCUCCAGCAACCCAGAGAAGCCUGUGGAAUUCGAGGUCCGGAACGGAGAGUCCAAACCGAAGCACAAUCCUUAUAAAUGGAGGCGUCUUGGUUUCACUUCCGAAACCCCUGAACCAGACUUUGCGGAGAUGGGGUUCCUGGGUAUGAUGGACCUCUCCGAUUAUGUCCGUAAGCAUCAAGACGAGUUUCAGAAUAUCUUGCUUGAGCAGUCAGUAACACCCGAGCAAAACCGCUGUCCGCUGGCUCGCGCGAGUCUGACCUUGACGGCCAUUCUAUUCGAGCAUUUCGAGGUGGACAAAAUGGAUCUUGAGGAUUCCAAAAGCUACCUCGCUUUGGAGAGUCGGACAAAUUUCGACAAGGUCUUCAAGCCACUCUUGUUACACUGGAGUCGACUGCACGUUGCCGGCUUGCAUGCUUUCUUCCGGAUCUGGAAGGCGACAGGGGCCGAAACCGCCGAUUUUUCUAAAAUCGUGGAGCUGGUGAGGAUAUUGGUGGAGAGUGUCGUCGGUGGCGCUGAUCGCGUCAAGGGUAUCGAAGAGAUCGAGAAAGAAAUGGCGGCUUUCGAAUACCAUAAGCUUCGGGAGCUCCAGAUGGAAUUGCUGGAGCUGACUUAUGAGGACGUCUGGGGUCAGCAUCUGCGCGGGGUGAAAGAAGAGCUGCAUACCGAAGCCUUGCAGUUUGUCAAGGAGCAAAGAAUCCGAUGUCUGCUUGCCGGGUCGUGGUUCCCCAACGGCACGUACACGGACCAAGAAGGCGGGGGUCCCGUCACAGAGGACAGCCUGGUUCAGAAUUCUGCCCACGGCUAUCGCUUCAUCCGCCUUUCAGAAACCCGCAAAUAUCUGCAUUGGGGAGACUUUGAUGAGAAGGAGGAGCCGGCCCCGCCUACCUCGAGCCUCCGUGACAAGAUCGAUCUGUCGAUCGUGUCGUCCGUGGUAUCAAACGUGACAGCAACCGAUCGAUCCUCGUUCGGCUCGGACUCGACGCUGAAAGAGCUGGCACACGAUCGAUUUACCACAAAUAAGAUCACGAUACAUGGCCAUUUGCCCAAAUCGCGUGGUGGACGAAGUGAGCAUUCGAGGACUUCCUCCAAGACUUCUUCUGCCCGCAGUGCGCCCAAGGAAACAGUCCUGCUGACGUUCCAUCCAAAUAGCCACAGCAUCGCCUCGGAAUGGCUUGAUGGGCUCCUGAUGCUCCUGGAGCAGCAACCGAUCACUGCGGAGACGAACCGACUAAUACACAUGAUUAGCGACUAUGGGCUGAAAGUCCGUUUGCUGAAUGUAAGGUUCAAUGACGAGGAAGGCAUCGUGGAGGGCAUGGAUGGAUUGGAUGGCCCUGAGAUUCCAAGCCGAGAAGGGUUGGACGAUGACUAUUACUAUGAAAUAUGA